CUUCCUGACUCAGAGCAACUGCCUGACUUGGAACAACCGCAGCAUUUUGGAAGAUAGCCAGCAGCAGAGGUGUUAGACGAAACAUCAGCCAGACAAGAGUGCAAGGCCGGCUGUAUGCAUGUACAUAGCAACGACUGCAGUUUCCAUUACGCUCAGAGCUGGUUCCCAUUGAAGUGGAUUCAUAUUCAUCCAACUAAUCGUCUAAAAGACACAUAGUGUUAGUAGCCAUCUGUCUCUUCCAGACAGUUGUCUCAGCUCCGAGAGAUUCGGAAUGCGCGCUUCGAAGGCAUAGCUAGCCUCGCGCGUUUUUAGACUUCAAAUCUGUUUGCAUUAUUGACUUAACGUUGGCGCUAUCGCGACAGCAAGUUAAUGCUAGAAACCAUGUGUCCGUCUGAGUUUAAACCCCUCGGAUCCAGCAUUCGCAGCACAAACACCGGCGUCGUCGGUGUGAUAAGCAGCUGCUGGUCCACGCUAACUCCCGGAAAGCUCCUUCCAGGCGACGUUAUUCUUAAGCUUCGGUCUGUUUGCGUCAGUCAGUGCCAUGACGCACAUCCGGCGAUCAGUCAAGUUCGCAGCCUGCGGUUGCUGGUUGAGAUGGUCACAAUGGGAUGUGCCGUUGGCGCGUUCAGCGGAAGAAAGGCUAUUCUGACGGUGCUUCGAGGGACCAGCAAACUCGACAUAGCGGUGGAUAUUUCGCCGUCAGCCCUACUAGAAGUCGCAUCUCAAGCCAUUGCGGCUGAAGCAGCGAUGUCCGGUUUCCCGUCGGUCCUGAGAUUCGACCGUCCGUCUCCUUCCGGUUCAGGCAUUUUCCAGGGUGUGACUAUAGCGGAGGGCAGCCACGAGCUGUUCGCUCCGCUCGCCAGACGAACAGAGGCCACGAUUCUCCGCGCCGAGCGGGUCAAAACGCUGAGACAAGCCAGCGAGAUGCCAAAGCCGCGUUCUGUGAUUCGUCCAAAGCAGCAGAUCCCAAAACAUGCAUGCCAGCAGAAUCCGGGUACCAGAGGAAAGCCUAGGGCGGCACAGGUGUGGAGUCCCAUGACUGGAUGCUGUAACGAGUGUGAUCUAGACCCACUGGGAUGCUGUAGGAGAUGCGACUGCUGGCCCGCUUACUGGACUGGCUCUCCGGGUGUGCUGGCUCGUAACGGACAGCCUGCUGGGAAGGAGGAGAUUAGGCAGGAAGACAUCACUCCUCCGGGCAUCAGUCGUGACGAAUUCACGGACUCGGAGCAGGUCGAUGGGGCUUGUGCUGGAGGAGACUCGAAUGAGCCACUGUACAGGCCGCUGUGGGUGGAGUUUGGUCACUGGAAGCAACGGCAGGUCGAUGAGCUGGCAGCAGGAGGACAUGGCAACGAAGAUGCGUGCCAGGAAGCUGCUGUGGGGUGAGUGGAGGACGGUAGGAGCCCUGGUGGCUGGAGUGCUUGGACUGAACUGACUCAGCCGUGCAGACCCUUCAGCUUCCUACUUUCAAGCAUACAAGGGUAGGUGAGUUCACUACUAUUGGUUCUCCCCCCCUAACGCUUCUGACUCGCCUUCAAGCGACUGAAGACCAGCCAGGGUGCCCUGGCUGCAAACUGGCAUGCAAUGAAGCCUCCAAACAGGACCCUUGCAACUGGUCAUCUUUGACCCAGCUAAAAGGCUCUCAGCCUCUCCUUUUGCCUUCACAAGGCAGCUGCUCAUGGUAAGCCAGGCACCUGAUGACGCCUGUCAUUGUCAUGCGUUGAUAUUGCUAGCUUUGUGAAUGCAAAAGGAGAAGCUUAUUUCAAUUGUCUAUUCGUUCUCCUUAGAUCUUUUCUGUUCUAUACUCGUUAACCCGAAUUCU